AUGUGGAGAUUUCUUCUGGCCAGGCUGCUCCUCUUUCUCCUGCAGCCAAUAUAUACACUCUCGGACUCAGAUUGUAAGUGGAUGGCUGUAGUCAACAGAUUUGAUAACCUCGGAGGUGACCGGAGCGUCUUCUUUCGGCAGCAUGAAAUUCCUUCAGUAGCGGAAAUCUUCAAAGAGCUGGUGGAUUCAGCCAUAGACCCUGAUGACAAAAAUGCAAAAUACCUGGGCUUUCCAUACUACUUGAAAAUUAACCUGACCUGCAAAACACUGGACUCUGCAAUGGCACUUCGGACAGCUCACUACACUGGAUUGAAACCGGUUGUGACUGUCACUUUUGAAGAACCCACCCACGCUGUGCGUCAGAAACAAGAACAAUUGCAGAUCAAAAUGACGGCAGCUCCGUACAGGAUAAAAGGUUGCAGAAGUGAAGAGGUUUGCAGGAUGUGCUGGUGCACGCCGAUGCCCUUCAUGAAUGGCAGUGUAGUCAUGGAUGUGAUGGUGGGAAGCAAUCACCUUGGCUUCCCUGUGGACGAUAAGAGGUUUUCUAUCAAUGUAAAUGGAUAUAUGAGAGCAAGUAGAAAAAGAAUUAGGUUCAGGAUUGGGAGAAAGCUGAAUGUUUUGAGGAACUUCAUGUCCCUGUCACAUCCGUCGCGUCCCUUGUGGUACACUCACGAACGAGCCCCUGUGCUCAUCCUUGGUGACAUCUCCAGAAACAAGGUUGUCCUCUUCUCAGACACAGGGUUUGAAGAUUACUUUCUAAUAGAGGUGGCCAUCGACAGCUGCAGGAUUGACUCCAUCACCUGCAAGAAGACGGCUUUCUCGCCUUCCAUUGUUGACACUAUUGCGACAGAAAGCACCCUCUUCAUCCGGCAGAACCAACUGGUCUAUUACUUUGUGGGGCAUUACCCCAUUCUACACAUGAAAAGCCCAGGUUCAGCGAUGUGGACACGUAUAUUGAACGAAGUCUGUGUGAAGAAAUUAAACCCUGUGUUUUUUGCGAAGAAUAACACUGAAUACGUGAUUGCUCUUGCUGGCGGCAGGCAAGAAGGGAACUUCUAUCUUAUUUCUGUGCAAGAUGGGAUUGUGAAUAACUCUGGCCCCUUGCUGGCUCAUCAGCAGACAGUGUGCCAAUUUUUGAAAAUUCCCUGCCGAAUCGAAUGGGCUGUGUUCUCUACAAAUGACAACAAGUUCUUUUUGUUGGUGAAUUAUUACGGAACACCACGGAACUACAUUGUGGAAUACAAGAGAGAUGGUUAUUUUAAGAUGAUUUAUGAAAUUCCUCGACUUAUACCGAAAGCUGUCUCAGACAGAGGAUAUGUGGUGUUGCUGGGGACAGAGCAAUAUACUACUCAACUCCUCUUCCCCAGAGGUUUGGCUUUCAACCCCUUCAGUAAGAUAUUCUACAUCUGGGGGAAUGCUAUCUUGCAAAGCAAUGACAUGGUGAGCUACAUAUAUUUGUCUAACUUUCCGGGCGAUUCUUCCAUCAGAUAUUUUGUUAUGUCCUUUAAUGGCCACAUUGCUUUUGUGACGGAUGCAGAUGAGGUCUGGGUUAUGAAAGAAGGUAGCACAGAGAUCAAAAGAGCGUAUCCAUCAGAAGCCUGGUCCGUGUACAAUACCCUGCAAGUGAUGGAAGGCUCACCGGAUCAUGACCUGAAUGCCACUCAGGCUAUAGUCACGGUUUUCUUUGACAAGGAUGGGAUGCAAGAGUUGGUUUAUAGGGAGGAUCCUGGAACCACUGGAAAGUUAAUCAAGAGGAAAUUCCCUCUAGAUCAUAUCCUGACCUAUGACCAGAUGAUCAGCACUCCUCACAAAGGGAUGACGCACAAUGGCAUAGACUACAUCAGGUUCACCCACCGUUGCCCAUUUGCCGUGGUUCGCUUCGUGGACUUGCCAUUCCCACAGCGCUUUACUCGGAUGGAGCAUUACCGUGUCAAGCCUCCAGAAAUCAUGGAAAAGACAGGCUUCUAUGACCAGAAGUCGCUGAUUGUGUACCAGGGACUCGUCUACCAACUGCUACAGCUGCAUUCAGCUUACCAUAGAGCUUAUGCUGACCCAGUCCAUGACCCCACUUGGCGUUGGUGGAAGAACAAGAAACAAGAUGCAGAAUACUACUACUACAUGGCUAGCAACUGGAAAUCUUCUGGAGGCAUCUAUGUUGAUAUGGCCAACUAUGUGAAGAUCUACAACAUUAGGCCCAAUAAUUUGUUGGCGAAAACCAUCUACUUGGACAAGAAGCAGACCUUCUUAUUCUCUGUGUACUUGAGCCUCCGGACGACCAAACAGAGCAUGGGGGAAACGGCGGAAGAGAAUUCUCUCAACUACAUGUGGCUCACCAUACUUUUAGCCCAUCCGGAUUAUAUUCGUGCGGAUCUAGAGAGGCACGAACUCAUCAGCAGAGGCUCCGUCCUCUAUAAGGUGGCAAUCUCAGACAUUGGCAAGUACCCUUGGCAAAAGCUCAGUGGGAAGGACCUGUUGAAGAGCUCUGCUAAUUUAAAGGUUGCACACUCAGGGAUGAAUUGCUACCAUUACAUGGAUGACGGACCACGGAUAAAGGGCAGUGAUACAAUCAUCAUCAAUAUUGGAUGUCCUCCAGGCAGAAGGCUGGCUUUUGACAUCACUUACACCAAGAAUUUCACUAGCGAGAAGAACAAGCGCUACUUUGAUUGUGUGAAGCCGGACCCUGAGAUGCCCUGCUUUUACUUCAGUGAUGUAUUUUACCCAUUCUUCUUGAUCCAAGAUAUGGUGACAGGGCACUCGGGGCGUUUCAAUGGAAGCUAUAUUUUCACCAUUAUUGGUGGGGGACCUUUUUCAGUAGAUAACAUCGAAUACUUCACUCCGAAGGAACUUGUGCUCUACAACACCAUGGUCGGCAGUGAAACAAACAGUCUCAUCUGGCUUAGGUCUGAUGGUGAUGAUAACAAUACCGAUGCUGACGGUUUCAAUGUCUUCUCUCAAAACAACUCCGGGAUAAUGUGGGUCUGCCAGCAGAAUUCUCCCUGUCACGACAUUGUUCCCACUGGUGCCUCUGCUCCGGAUUACUUUUUUGUGAUGAAGGUAUCAAACAGGGGAGUGGACCAAACCACCUAUUGUGACUAUGCCUUGGAGUUCAUCGUCCACAUCCACGGCCUGCGUCUUAGCUAUAUCAGGGCUCUCUAUCUAUUGGAGGUAUCAAUGGCUGUAAUCAUAGGUGUGCUCACCCUAUACAUAUCAAUCCUUUCCAUGGCUCCCACAUGCAAGCUCCACAUUGGCAGAAUUAUGAAGAGGAUGGAAGAAACAUUAGCCUAUCGGACAGCAUCCAGCAUCUCAAUCACCUCAUCGAUCACCAGCCAAUCGUCACUGCAACGUAUGGCUCCUGAAGGGAUCCGAGGCAGUUUGGCCCAACCAUCCUCCAAAGCAAAUGCACCGAAAGCCUCAGUGACGCACCCAGGGACUCAGUAAUACCAGCCAGUUAAUUUCCUGCACUCUUCUGCAUGUGAUGCAGAGGAUUUCUGGAAUGAACCAAGUGACUGUCAGCAUUGUGCAAUUUGGUGACUGUUGGAUCCAUUGGGGAAACAUAGGGUACUUUGGGAAAUGCCACAGCCUCCUUGAAAGUAAUCCCCAAGAGUUUGCCUAUGGAUUCUUGUGCUGCUUAAAACCAUCUUUGAGCAGGUCACAGGAGGCAUGCAGAGGAGUCAUAGGAAGUGUUCCAGAAGCCAUUGGUUCCCUGUAAAAUUAUUGACUAUCUAGGGCAGGCAUGGGCAAACCCUGGUCCUCCAGGUGUUUUGGACUUCCACUCCCACAAUUCCUAAUAGCCAAAACACCUAGAGGCCCAAGUUUGCCCAUGCCUGAUCUAGGAGGUAACCUAUAAAAUCCACUGUUUUUAAACCACAGUCAGAAAUGAAAACUGCAUCUUUCUCUUUCUGUUCCAUUUACUGGUCCACUCACACUUGUGUGACUCAUCGAUAGUAAAGUAGUACAUGCAUUUCCUUUUCUUGCCUUGAUAUUUUUACACACUAUGUCCUGACACAGAAUUAUUCCAGACAGGACUGAAUGGGUAAGGUUAAUUUUUUAAAAAAAAAAUGUUACAUAUACCUCAUUAUGUGUCUGGUCCUGCAUAUCCUAUUACUGAGCUGGUUUGAGGUUUCAAACAUGCCUUUGUGUACACUGUUUAUGGCCAAAAAGAAGAAGAAAAAACUUUAUAUCUUCUUCCCAGCAAGUUUGCAAAGGUUUCUUGUUAAGAAUGCAUUUUUCUUUUUAAUUAUAUUCUUUUUAACCAUAUAUGUUCCUUUAAUUUUGUUUCUAAGUUUUAUUUAUUUAUUUAUUUAUUUAUUUAUUUAUUUUGCCUAGUAUUUGAGUCUAAUUCAAUAAAGCCUUCAGUUAUUGUGGAA